CCAGUGGCGAAAGUGCGGCUGCGGAAGCGCGGCGAGGCCGGCGGCGCGAAGGAGGAAGUCCGGGGAGGCGCGGGAGCUGGGGGUCUGCGGCGCCGAGCGGACGCCAUGGGCCGCCUGCACUGCACGCAGGACCCCGUGCCCGAGGCCGUGGGCGGCGACAUGCAGCAGCUGAACCAGCUGGGCGCGCAGAAGUUCUCAGCCCUGACGGAAGUACUCUUCCACUUCCUAACUGAGCCAAAAGAGGUGGAAAGGUUUCUGGCUCAGCUCUCUGAAUUUGCCACCACCAACCAGAUCAGUCUCGGCCCCCUCAGAAGCAUCGUGAAGAGCCUCCUCCUGGUUCCAAAUGGUGCCUUGAAGAAGAGUCUCACAGCUGAGCAGGUCCGGGCUGAUUUCAUAACUCUGGGUCUCAGUGAGGAGAAAGCCACUUACUUUUCUGAAAAGUGGAAACAGAAUGCCCCCACCCUUGCUCGAUGGGCCAUAGGUCAGACUCUGAUGAUUAACCAGCUUAUAGAUAUGGAGUGGACAUUUGGAGUGACGUCUGGGAGCAGCGAACUGGAAAAAGUGGGAAGUAUUUUUUUACAAUUAAAGUUGGUGGUUAAGAAAGGAAAUCAAACUGAAAAUUUAUACAUAGAAUUAACCUUGCCUCAGUUCUACAGCUUCCUGCACGAGAUGGAGCGAGUCAGAACCAGCAUGGAGUGUUUCAGCUGAUUUCUGUCCCCCUGCAUCUCCACCUCGCCCCCUCCCUGCCCCCUCCUCCUCCCCGGUGACUGCUCAGAGAGGCCUCUCGCUCCCUUUGGGCCUGCUUGCCUCUUGGGAGCCCAGGUGCAAAGGUUUCUGAAAAACAAAGGAUUAAGUACUUAAGGAGCCUGACAGGCUGGUCCUGAAGAGUCUUUGU